UUGGCCAUAAGGGCCGGUCAUUUAUUAUUACACAUAUUAUGUAUAAUAUAAUAUGUAAUAUGUAAUAUUGUAUAUUAUAUAUAUUAUAAUACCAUCUAGAUCAGUGGUUCUCAACGUUUUUUCAUUCACGUACCCCUUUACCACUCACCACGUACCACAAAUAUCAAUUUUGAAUAUAAAUAAUAUAACGAUAUAAUUUUAUUGCAUUAAUUACAUUAAAUCGCAGACUCUACAUUGUAAUCAGUACACAAUUAUUAAAUAUUUCGUUAAUAGCAAACUAUUUCAGUUACAUUAAAUUUAUCUUUUUCUUCCAUUACUCAAUUUUUUUUCGCGGAAGUACCCCUUGAGAUCAUGCCACGUACCCCUAGGGGUACGCGUAUCCUAGGUUGAGAACCGCUGAUCUAGAUAACGUGUGUAAUAAUUUUUUAGUUUCUUGUCUUAUUUUUUCCCGCGUCUUAAUUAUUGUCAUUUGCUCGCGCGCACUGUUUACUGUUUACUUGUGUUACCUUGUGUUUUUGAAGUUUUAUUGCUAAGUAGUAAGUGACCAACAACAUUAAAUUUACCUGUUUGGCAAUUUGGCAGUUUAAGUUAAAUAUACCAAUCAAUUUUAUCGAACAUCGCUGUUUCGUGUUCGGCGUUUCCGUCGAUACCUAUAUAUUGUUAAAUAUUAAAAUAUGUCUUUAAACAGGUAAUUAUUUUAUGAUUAAAUCAAGUAUAUAUAUGAUUUAAUCAACUAUAUUUAAUGUCAAAUUGGUGACAUAGUGCCAAUGUAAUAAGCAUUUUUUACUAUUUAAUUUGGUACCUAUAAUAUAUUAUGAAGAUAUUUAUGUGUUUAUACAAUUUUAUCCUAUGUAUUAAAAUUAUUUAAAUACCAAUACCUACCUUAUAUUAACAUUUAUGAUACCUACUUAUUAGAGCUAUUAAUAAUUUAACUUCUUUAGUACCUAUAAUUUUAUAAAUAAUUAUGCCAAAGGUUAACCUUUAGGCUACCAAUGGUUAAUAUCUAUCAACAAAUAUAAUCUAAUUAGUUAUCGUUUUUAUACUCAUAUAUUGGAGAUUUUCAUUUUAGUUACUUAAUACAGAAAAUAGAAAAUUUGUUAGGUGAUGUAUUGACUAUAAUUUUAUUUUAAUUUAAAAUUACAAAAAAACUCUAGUCUUUUAUUUAUACAAGAAGAUAAAUUUACAAUAGUAUAACUACUAUAAUUGUUAUUAUAUAAGUUUUCAGUUAUUCCACACAACUAGCUCAUUCAAUGUUGUACAAUGUGGAUUUCUAGAUGGCCAAAAAUUGGUAAUGUUUAAAGUAUGAUUGCCGACCAUGCUGACAUAGGAAACGAUUGGCCAACGUAUCCUGUUAAAAUUGUUUCACAGUUUUACAGUAAACAAAUUUAAUUUAUUUAAAUCAAUUUAAUAAUAUUGAGACUUCAAAAAAUUAUAAGUAAAUCCAGAGAUUUGAAAACAUUUGUUACAUUUAAAUCCUUCCUAAUUUUUUUUGUACCUAUACAUUUUUAGACAUCCAAAAAAGGUAUGCAGUAUUAUAAAUUUUCUAAAUAAUAAGAAUAUUUUAUUAUAAUGUGGGUGCCUUAUCUAUUUUUUAAUAGAUACAAGAUCACAAUAAAAUACAUUUUAUGAAUUUUUAAUGUUUUAUUUACCUAAUCAAUAAUCAAUGUUUGGUAUUCUAUAUUUACUUUGACACUUAUGAUGAUGCUGCUAUAAAAGGGAAAGAAAUUUUUAUAUCAGCUUCGGCCUCGGAGUCUGAAUGUGAUGGAGGUUACAGGCGUCUUAAGAAAUAAAAAAACAUGUAGUAAUAACUAUAUUCAAGACGAGAGUGAAUGUACAUGCAGCAGUACUUCAAUGAGCCCAAUAAAAAUAAAAACAGCAAUAAAAAAAAUAAUUCCUUUGUAAACUUAAACGUAGAGUCUACUAAAACCAGUCCAGAAAAACUCUAUCAAUCCAUAUCUACUGAUCAAGUUCCCAAUAAACAGAAUAAUCAGAUAAAUAUUUUGAUUGAAAAUAUAACAACAACUCUUACUUAUGUAAAAAGGAUUGAUGCAAAGUUAGAAUUGUAGAACCAAAAUUAAAUUCUGGGUCUUCGAUGGGAAUCAAUGCAAAUGAUUUUUUCAGUCUGAUACCAAUGAAAAUUAUUGAAGGUCUGGAUGAAAUAGAAAAAAAAAUUAAAACUGAAAAUGAUUUUGAAAAAAAAAAGUGGUUACUAGUGUUAUUCAAAUAGGUGGAUUAAAUGCUCAACAUUUUAUCAAAAGAGUUCUAACUAGAUUCUUUACUAUUGAAUUAGGUACAACGUAUUCAUGGACAGGUUUCAGGAAUAACAAUAAGUUAGAAAACUUAGAAAUUACUAAAAUUAUAAAGGUGUGUGCAUGAACACAUUCAAUGGAACCGCCAUAGAUUUUGAAACCCAUACAAAAUGUUGGCUUAGAAAUGCUAGCCUACGUCUAUCACGAGAAAUACAAUGAUAUGAUUUAACAUUAUUAUUUAAUAUAUGCUUUAUUUUAUAAUAAUUAUUCGAUUUUUUUUAAAUUGAUAUUAUAUAAGUUAUAAAAAUAUGAUAAUAUUUUAUUAAUUAUAAAACAAUUUUAACCUUGGUGUAAAAAGUAUAAACACAUUAAUUCAUAAUUAACAAAUAAAUUACACAUUUAUAUCAGAUUGCAUAUUAUCCUAUCAUAUUCCUAGUCAUUAAACAUGUUUUUUUUUUUUUUUAAUAUUAGAUUAGGAGAAAAAAAUGGAAAUUCAAUAUCUAGAAGACAUUUAUUAAGAUGUGUACAAAAUGAAAUAACUGACCACCUAUCAAGUUUAACAAAUCAUCAGGUUGUGAAACCUCAAGUACAGGCCGAAAUAAUACCAUCAAGUCAACCUAAUGUUUAUAUAAAUUUAACAAUAACUAGUAGUAUGUUACAACCAUUAAAUCAACAAUUUGUCAAUAAUUCUAGUAUAACAGUUAAUAGCGAAGAUAUUUUUGAGAUUUCUAUUUUAUUGAACCUUGAAAGAAUAGAAAAAACUUCUCUAGAUGUUAAACUAUGUAAAUGGAUACUCGAUUUUCAUGUUUCAAAUAACUGUUUAAAUGCUGUCUUAUUAAUUUUAAGAUCAGAAGGCGCCUUGAUCUCCCUAAAGCUACUUGAACUUUAAUAAAAACUCCCAAACCUAUUAAUGAUCAUACUAUUAUAAGUAUUCACUCAGGAUCGUAUAUACAUCUUGGUAUCGAAUUUAUGUUGUCUAAAUUCUUAACUGCACAUCUUGAACAUUUUCAAAAUUACCAAAUACAACUAACAAUGAAUGUUGAUUGCCUCUAACGUCUAGUUCAAAAUCAAGCCUUUGGUCAAUUCUUAUAUCAUUUUUUAAUGUACAAAAUGUACCUAUCACAAACUGUAAUUCCAGUACAACUGUACCAUGGGAAAUAUAAAAAGCUAACUUCAAGUAAUGAUUACCUUAGACCGUUUAUAGAUGAGAUGAAACACAUUUUAUCUACUGGUAUAACUAUAAAUAGUAAAAUUUUUAAAUUUGAGUUGGUUCAGGUUGUAUGUCUUGCCUCAGCAAAAGCUUUUAUUUUAAAUGUUAAAGGCCAUAUUUCAUAUCAUAGAUAUAAUUCAUGUACAGUUGAAGGAGAUAUUAUUCAUAAUCAAAUGGCAUAUUUAGAUAUGAAUGCACCUUUAAGGAUAGAUGAAUUUUAUCAUAAAGAUAUAAGCCCACUUGAAUACUUGCCCAUUGAUAUGAGUUCUUCUGUUGUAUUAGAAUAUAUGCACAACGUUUGUUUGGGUGUUAUGAAGAGGUUAUUGGCAUUUUGGGUAAAAGGUAAAAAAUCAGUGCAUCUUGACAACCCGGAAGCUAUUUCUGAUGAAUUAAAUAAAAUAAAAUCAUUUUUUCCUGUUGAGUUUAACCGUUUAGCGAGGACUAUUGAAGAAUUUGAGUACUGGAAAGCUAGUGAAUUUAGAACAUUCCUUAUUUAUACAGGACCAAUUGUCUUAAAAGGACCAAUAAAAACAUUUUUGUAUAAACAUUUUAUGCUUUUAAUUUGUGCCAUAAGAUUGUUAAUUUCCUUUAAAACUGCAUAUACUUACAAUAAUUUUGCUAAAAUGUUUUUAAGAAAAUUUGUAACUGAAUAUUCUGUACUCUACGGUAAAGAAUAUGUAGGUUACAAUGUAUAUGGCCUUAUUCAUAUUUGUGAUUUUAUGGUACUGCAUAGAAACUUGAAUGCUUUUUCUGCAUUCAAGUACGAAAAUUAUUUACAGUUUGUUAAAAAAGUUGCAAAAAUGCUAGAUAUCCUCUUCAGGAUAAUAGAACAAAUCAAUACUACGUCAACAUGUACCAUAAAAAAAUAUCCUAUCCUCAAAACUGAAAUAGAUUAUGAUCCUUCAGUAAAUAAAUCAAUUAAUGAAACAUUUUAUAAAGAAAUUAUUUUAGAAAAUUUUACUAUAAAUGUGAGUAGUUCAAAAGAUAAUUUAAUUUGCACUAAAGAUUAUGGUAUUGUAAAAAUUAUCAAAAUAAUUAAAUUUUUAAAUGGAAAGAUUAAAAUUGAUGUAAUGAAGUAUAAUACAUCUACAGUAUUUCAAAAUCACAUUUCGUCAGAUAUUAUAAAAAUAUUUUAUACUCAUUAAAUUAUUCCAAAGCCUCCUUUAAUUCCAAUUGAUGUAGACUCUAUAGAAUAUAAGUGUUUUUCAUUUACAAUAAGUGACCAUAAGUCGAUUGUCUUAGUAUUACUGCAUUCUACAUAAUUGCUGUUUCAAUCCGUAUAAGUUUUUGUUUGCUUUUGUUUAUACAAUAGUCAGAAGUUUUUUUUUGUAAUAUUCAAUUAUAGUAGGUAUGCUUGGUACCAUCAGUUAAAGUCUAUAUUAUUUUUGUAAAUAUUAAUUUUUGUGUACCUAACUACUUUAUUUUAUUUUAUUAUUAUGCCUACAUUUAUUAUUUUAUACAUUUGAAUUAUUUUCUCUAAAUUGUAUGAUGGAAAUUUAAUUUUAUGUUAUUUAUUAUAAUAUACUAAAAUAUAUUAAAACUGUAAAAUGUAUAUAAUAGUUUUAAAUAAAAGUUAUACUUUUUAUGUUUCUAACGAUCGUUCAAUAAUAUUGUUAUUAAGUUUUAAAGUAAAAUAAUUAGUUAUUUUAUUUAAAAUAUAAUUUUAAGCUGUAUUAUUAGAUAUUUACCUACCUAUUUAAUGUCUUAUUAACAGGUAAUAUUUGAAUAGGUUAAUACUACAAUAUAGGUAAUAUAUUAUAUAGUAUAAACCUGCAUUAUUAUUAAGGUCAACAGUGGCGUAGAGACUUGAUGUUGCCAACAAUAACUGUGGAUUACAUUUAUAAUCUCUGUUUAUAAUAAGCCCAUAAAAAAAAAUUUAACAUCAUUAUAAUGGGCCAGUGGUAUGGGGUCCGGAUUUGUACACCUGGUACCACAAAUGUAGAAGAAAGCAUUGAAAAUAAUGAAAAUCCAGAAGAACAUAACUUAAGUUUUUUGGACACUUCUUUCAACAAAAGGUAAACAAAAUUUAUUAUUUAUUAUUUAAAAUUUGAAUUCUUAUCAUAUUAUUUUAUAUUUUUCCAGUUUUUCUGAUUGCUCUGUGAUUGCAACACCAACCAAAAAAAAAAAAAAAAAUGUUUGAAUAGUACACGUGUUGAUGACCAUUCUAUUGAGAUUUAACUCCAAAAAGGGCGAAGAAACAUUUAAAUGUUAUCAAAUCUACAAUAUCAAGUUUAUAAUGCAAAAAUAAAUUGUUGAACUAGAAAAACAAAAGGCUCCAACAAAAAGUACAUUAAUUUAAUAGAUUACUUAAUGUGUUAAAAACAAGUCUAAUUUCCGAAAUUGCUGCUGAUAAUUUUAAGGUACCUAUUAAAUUCAAUUACACUUAAGAUAUCCGGUGCUAAUUUUCAAAAUUUCACCGGGCAUCCUAAUGCGAUGAUUAGUCAAAGCUGGGCAAGCUAUUCAUUUUUUUCAACUAGUUAAAGUUAAGUUACUUUAACAUUACAACUAAUUAUUAAAAAUAUAACAAAUCUUAAAUUUAAACAUCUAAAUAGUUAUUGAAUAUUUGUAUAUAUAUACUUUUUUUUGUUUUAUUAUAGUUCCGGAAAUGUCUACUUUAGUUUGUUAGAAGUAAGAUAGUUAUUUUGAAUUAAAAUCAACUACUUAAGUUCCUAACUAGUUAGUGCCUAGCUCUGUAAUUCGAUAAUACUAUAAUUAAUGGUUGAUUGGAAUCAAAAAAAACAAAAACCCUAACCAAAUAUUAUGUUUAUAAUGUUAAAUUGACCUUAAAAUUUUAUUUUAUUGAUUCUCACUAAUAAAUUAAUUGUUAAUAUUAUAUAUAUUAUUAUAAUUGUUAUUUAUUACCAUGUAAUUACUGGUAAUUAUUAUUAGAAUAGUAAUUUUGUGAAUAAAUAAAUAAUAAUUAUUAUAUUCAAACCAUAUUUAAUUGGCAUAUAAUUUGUUUUAUUUAUUUUAGGCAUUAGGUUCUGAUAUCUUAGAGAGGUUAGUUAAAAAUGGAUUAUCUGGGAGUAAACAAUGUUAUUCAAAAGAACUAAAACAGUUCUCUGUUACAUUACAAUAUUACUCACCAAAAGCUUAUUUAUAUGUUAGAAAAACUUUUAAUAAUCUACUUCCUAAUCCUUGGACAUUGCGUAGAUGGUAUAUGGUAGUGAAUGGAAAUCCAGAAUUUAUUGUGGAAUAUUUUGAAUCAAUUUCUAAGAUGGCUAAAGACUAUUAUAUUUGUUGUAAUCUUGUAAUUUAUAAGAUAUGUAUUCUACGACACAUAGAAAUGGAUAGUCAACGUAAGAUACAUGGUUAUAUUAGUAUGGGCGCUGAAUAUUCAUAUGACAAUGACAAUAUACCUGAAGCUAAAAAUGCUUUGGUAUUAUUUGUAGUCGGUUAGGUUAUACUGGAAAAUGCCCAUUGUUUAUUUCUUGAUUGAUGGAUUAAAUGGUAAGGAACGGGCAAAUUUGGUAAAGAAGGCUAUUCAACUCUUAUGUGAAACUGGUGUGACAUUAUGCUCAGUUAAUUUUGAUGUUGCAAAAGUUAAUUUAACAAUGUGCACAGAAUUAGGAGUAAGUUUUAAUAUAGAAAAUCCAAGACCAUAUAUACUUAAUGAUACACACGAUAAAUUGUUUUGUUUUUAUGACCCUGCGCAUAUGUUAAAAUUAAUAUAAAAUGCUUGGAAUAACAUUAUUAUUAGUAAGAAUUAUA